AUGUAUGAUUCCAGUAGCGAUGAAUUCGAUGCAGAUAUGUAUGAUAGUGAUGUUAACUCAGCGUAUGAUAUGAUAUGUGCGUGUAUAAUAGAUGAUGAAGGAGAAGAAUAUGAGUUAAUAGACGAAGACGAUGAAGAUAGCAAAAAUACGAAUCAUACUAGUGACACAUUCAUGUUACCUUCGCAGCAGUUACAGGAACUGUCAAUAUCAAAUCAUAAUGAACAGAUCGAGCAAGAAGAGGCAUCAGACACGACACGGGUACUGACUGGUGAAUCGACUGAAAUGACACUUGACGUGAAAACUGAAACUAAUCAAGCUAUAAAUCAAGAGAUCCAACUUAAAGAAAAGGAAAUCUCAGAAAAUACCUUUGUUAAGAGUGAGAGUACAAAUAAAGUACGAAGAAUGAGGCCUAAAAGAGAGGUUAAGGUGAAAUCAGAAGAACGAGAAGUAAGAAUACCUCGCAAGAUGACACUACGGAAAGAUGUUUCACGACCAAAGACAGAAACUAAAAAUGACAACAAGCUUCAAGUGAUAAGAAGAAGAAGGAUAAAGAGAAGGAGAGUGCAGACGGUGUUUGACUCAGACGAUGAAGAAGGUAUUAGGAUUCAAAUGGAAAGAAUUAAAAAAGCCCAGAAAAGGAAAUGGAAUCCUAAAGCAACCAUGAACACGAUCAAUCGAUUGACUGAUCGAGAUAUUGAUGAAAUAGACACAGAUGAUUUGGUGGAGCAAACAGAACAAUUACCCCCCUUAAUAAUACCUGAUAUCCUUAAAGAAAGCGUCAUUAAAAAAAAGAAGAAACUAAAGAAGCAGUCAAAGAACAAGACAAGACGAAGUUAA